UUCAUUUCUUGCCGUCUUCUCCGAUCCCGUUCUCUCUGUAAAAUCAAAAGACAAUGAAUGAGAAAGAAAAUGAUUCAUCAAAAAAGAUGAAACAGAACCAGGGGACACUAGAUUGGUUUGUUAAGAAAACAAACAGAGAAUACGCUUCUUCAUCCUCAUCACCAAUUGUUUCUUCAAGUCACUCUAAGAAUGAUCCUAACAAAGAAACUGAUAUGGGAGAAUUGAGUGAUACAGAUGAUUUGCAAUCUUGCGAAAACGAAGGCCCAUUUGCUCGCAGAUUUCAUUCACAGUGUGAUCAGUUGUUUGCGUUGAUCGGUUGCUGUAGUGUAAAAAAGCAUCGACAUCCACUCGUUGCUCCCCUUCUUUGUGUGAGGUUUCUGUUAGCUCAAGGAGUGGAGAUUUAUGGUCCUGGUGUCAUCGGACCAGACAACAAAGGUGAUCUUGCUGAGCUUCUUGAAAUGUUGUCCCCGUUCGAUGAAAAUGUUAACGAGGCUGUAAUCAAGAAUGCUCCGUUAAUUGAAAGAGAUUUGAUCAACGCGUGUGCAAAAGAAACAACCAAAUCCAUUGUCAAAGACGUCGGUGGUGACUAUUUUGCCAUAUUGGUGGGUAAAUAUUACGAUAACAAUAAUGACGACGUAAUCGCGUUGUGUUUGAGGUAUGUUGACAAAGUCGGAGAUGUUGUAGAGCGGUUUCUUGGUAUUAUGAAUGUCGUGGAUGCCAGCACGGCUUUAUCUUAUAAAAAUGCGGUUUAUGCGUUGCUAGAGAAGCAUUCGUUAAGCUCGUGUAAUAUCCGUGGGCAAGGUUACAUUGGAGUUAGCAAUAUGAAAGGCGACUUUAGCGGUCUUCAAAUGUUGAUCAAGAAAGAAACACAAUCGGCGUAUUACACUCAUUGUUUCGCCAAUCGUCUUGAACUAACACUUGCUGGGAUUUCCGAACACGGCAAUAGGAAAAUCGCUUCGUUUUUUUUCCAUCUUGAAGAUUUAUUAAAUGUGGUUUUAGUUUCAUGGAAGGAAAAUGGACUGCUGACCGAAAGUCAUUUUCAAAAAGUUAAUCAAGCGUUUGACGAUUUCACAACUGAAACUCGCACAUGCUUGAAUCAAAAGGCUAGAGUGGGGAGAUCGAACGAUGAUACAUGUUGGGGACCUUAUUAUAAGUUGCUUUCGAAUGUCAUUGACUUUUAUCCUGUGAUACUCGAGAUGGUCGAUGAGGUUGCGAACGAAUCUCCGUUUUCACCUUUACAUCGAGAUAGAAUUGGAUGGAGUCCUCUUUUAUCCUCUUGUCGUGGUCCACUUGCUACAAUCGAGAAUUUUGACUUUGUGUUUUCGGCACAUUUGAUGAAGACAGUAUUUGAGGUUACAAAUGAACUAAGCAGUGUCUUACAGAAAAAAGAUGAUAAUAUUGUUAUUGCAAUGUCACUAGUGAAGCCGGUUAAGGAACGGUUGCAAGUAAUAAGAGACGAUGGAUGGGAAACUCUCUUAACUUCUGUCGUUUCCUUUUGCAACAAAAACGACAUUGAAGUUCCAAAUAUGGAAGACGUGAGGAAAGUUAUAUUAAGAAAAAAUCGCCAACAACCAAAGACUACAAACCUUCAUCAUUAUCAAGUUGAGGUGUUUUUCGCAACCAUUGAUCUACUACUUCAAGAACUCAACAGUCGGUUUGAUGAGGUAGUUAUGGAGUUGCUUGUUUGUAUGGGCAGCUUAAGCCCCAUUGAUUCCUUUUCUUCCUUCGAUAAGCAAAAGCUGAUUCGACUUGCAGAAUUUUAUCCUAAUGAGUUUUCAAGUAUUGAUUUGCGUCAUCUCAACAAUCAACUUGACAACUACAUUGAUGAUGUGAGGAAAGACGAAAGAUUUAUGGGAUUAAAAGAUAUUAAAGAGCUCUCUAAGAAGCUUGUGGAGGUGAAAAAACAUCAAGUGUAUAAUCUUGUCUAUCUACUUAUUAAACUGGCGUUGAUCCUUCCGAUUGCUACGGCUAGUGUUGAAAGAGCUUCUUCGGCUAUGACUUAUGUGAAGAAAGAAUUGAAGAAUAGCGUAAGUGAUGAGUUGUUGAACGAUCGUUUAGUUGCUUACGUAGAAGGGGAAGUUCACUUCAAGAUUAGCAAUGAUGACAUUAUAAAGAACUUUGAAAGUUCGAAGAUCCGUCAAGAGCAAGGGCAAGUUUGAUUUGAAUCUGUCUCUUGAAUCUUUUAAAAGAUUUGCUAUUUUGAACAACCCAUUCUUAUUUUGAGUUGUAUGAUACUAUGAUUACAUUUUGUUGGGUUUUAUUAAACUGGUGUUGAUCUA